AUGAGCAGCGGAGCGUGUGUGCGAGUCCUGCCGACCUCAGCCGGAUGGCGCCAGGUCACGUCCUCCUGCCGCAGACUCCCGGCCGGGCCGAGCUCUGAUCCCCGCAGAGGUCUGUCGUCACCGGGCAGUGGCACAGUGAAUGUGUUCAACAGGGAGAUGAAGAAGAGGCAGAAGAACUGGGCUGCGUCUCUGCAGGACAGCCACCAGUACGACUACCUGAGGGACGAGGUCAGCAGCCGAGUCGCUGAUCGGAUUUAUGACGUGGCAAGGACCUUUCCUCUGGCUUUGGACAUCGGCGCUGGGAAAAGUCACAUUGCAGGCCAUCUAAGCAAGGAGAUGGUGGAGCGCUUGUUCCUGACCGACAUCUCGGAGGCGAGUCUGAAGCAGAGAAAGCUGAGUGAGAUCCCAACUCACUGUGUUCUGGCUGACGAGGAGUUUCUGCCCUUUAAAGAAAACACCUUCGACCUGGUGGUGAGCAGCUUGAGCCUGCACUGGAUAAACGACCUGCCUGGGGCUCUCAGACAGAUCCACCAGGUGCUGAAGCCGGACGGGGUAUUCAUCGGGGCCAUGGUGGGUGGGGAGACCUUGUACGAGCUGCGCUGUUCCCUCCAGCUCGCUGAGACCGAGAGGGAGGGAGGAUUCUCCCCCCACAUCUCCCCCUACACGGCUGUGACCGACCUGGGCAACCUGCUGGGCCAGGCCGGCUUCAGCAUGCUCACUGUGGAUGUCGACGAUGUUCAGGUUCACUAUCCAGGGAUCAUGGAAGUCAUGACCGAUUUACAAGAGAUGAACGGGAAUGAGGACGGCUCCAUCCCCGCCACCUUCCAGAUCCUCUACAUGAUUGGCUGGAAGCCUCACGAGUCACAGGCCAAACCAGCGAAGCGAGGCUCAGCCACCGUGUCGUUCGUGGAUUUGUCAAAGAUCGGCCAGCCGAGCCACUCACACCAGUCAUAGAGCCACUUCGCUGAACACUGGAAGGACUGUAUCCAAGGCUGGGCGUCAGUUUAUUAGGUACGCCUGGCUGAAACAAAGUCUUACUCGGAGGGGAACAGGAAGGAUGUGGUCUGCUGCUGGACUGCACUGGUAUUUAGCCUGUAGAUAUAAAUGGGGUGGACAAAAUAACAAACACCUGUCAGUGUAGGAACAGUUGAAGCAGCCUCCAUCCUGAUCCCACAGGAGAAUCAAUACCUCAGAGACUGAUCACCACCACCCGAAGGAGGAUUUACUGCAGGACUGUUGGGUCAGAAUCAUGCAGUUUGUCAAGGGGGUUCCUAAUAAACUGACCACUGAGUGUAACCGCUGUGUUGUAACGUUCCCUGGAAUAAAGCUGAGCAAACAAA